UCUUAUACUCACGAAUGCAAUUUUUUCUUAAUUUAUGCAAUAAAUAAAUUAUUUGAUUUCCUUUAGAUUAAGGACAUCUACUGGCUCUUUGUUGGAGAUUGUUUCGAGGAGUUCCUGUAUGUCCAGCAUUUUGAGUAACCUGAAGCAAUUCAAUCCUUCUUAUGAGAAUGAUGAUGAAUGUCCUGCAUGUCCUAAGGAGAAGGGAAGUUUAUUUAUCUCCAUUGAUGCAUUGUUUGGAUGUGUCCAGAAAUGCAGUGCUGGAACUAAUGGAAAGUCCUCAAAUCAUGGAGAGGAACUGUUCAUUAACCAAGAAAAAGUGGAUGCAUUUCCAGCUAAUUACAGCAAAAGACCAAGCGGCAAGUCAACAGUGUGUAAACGGAAUGACUUUUUCUCUUACUUUGUGUGUUGUUGCUUUACUCUAACCUUUUGUUACCCAUCAGUACUCAUACCACUACUCAACCAUUGCAAUGAGAGACCAAAAGUAACAGUCAUGUUUGUUGCUGGUAAUAAUGAUGUCAGUGUUGUAUUAUUUAAAUAUAGUACAGUUUGAAGGGUCAAUUACUGAAACUGUAUAGAUUGUCAUUUCAGAUACAUAAUUAAUCAUCAUUUUACACUCAAUGUACCAGUAAUAUAAAUGUAACAAUAAGAAAACUGAGAAAUUAAUGCUGAUCAAUUAAAUUAAUGUCUAACAGAAAAUUCAAUACAAAAUACUUGUUUGCUGUUAUGGCACAAUUUAAGAAUUUACAAAUUAAACCAAAUCAUAAGGUCAGUAAAUUUAUCAAUUAUAUCAUUUCAAAUACUCGUCACUCCAAUCUUACUUUAUAUAGUUUAGUUAAUUGGACACAAUCAUUUGUAAACCACAAAGUUCACAUCACAAAAUGUGAUAAAUAUCAUAGUAAUUAUGUAAUAAUGAUGAUGAUAAUGACUAUAAUUAUUAUUAGCUGACCUGUUUCAUGAUGU